CGACACGCCCCGUUUGGAAGGAUUAUUUUGGGGCUGUCCACCUCCGUUCCCCCGCCUUGUUAGAUAAGACCUCAACGGACGCUGUUUCUCAUCUCUUGCACUGCUCAAGAUCGCAAGAAGGCGCACUGCAUUUUCAUUUCCUUCAACGUCGCGGGGGAUGGCCAACCUGGCACCUCCCGUACCUCCGCACCAUAGCGAUGCAAUAUCGGACGAACUCUCCCCAUCUGAGGGACAGCCUCCAAAUGAGUCCCUAGAGAUUACUGGAAGCACUGGAAGCGGGAAAGGGCGGAUGGUCCUGGCGUGUGAUCGCUGCCGAACAAAGAAGCGAAGAUGCAAUGGUGUCCGUCCGGUUUGCAAUAAUUGUCAACGCGCGCAUAGUCGGGGUGUUCCAGAUGUGGUAUGUAAUUAUGCGACGACGACAAAGAAACGUGGGAGAAAGAAAGGAUAUCGGGACGCGUUACUUCAAAAGUUAAACUAUUUGGAAUCGAUGUUGAUGCAGAACGAAGGGCAGGGAGAUGUCAAUGGUCAGCAGCUGUCGGCAAGUGAAAACUUUAGUCAUGCCGGGCGACGGUCGCUGCAAGAAAAUCUUCGAACGGUCAGCGAUGCGAUGGAUAUUCAAGGGGAAAGUGGGGAUGAUAAUGAGGAUGACCUGGUUUAUGAAUCUCCACCCAUCACAGAUGGCUCUACCGCCAACUCGUCACGCAGCGCAUCGUUUGCACGGUCGCAGAACAUAUCAAUGGCGAAUCUUGUCUCUCCUUAUAACUCUGGGCAAUCACCCGUGCGUGCAGUCCUUCCUGGGGCUCGCCCCGCGAUAGAGGACGAUAACUUCCAACCUGGAUUUACCGACACUGAUGGUUAUCCUACAUGCACAGAGAUGGGUACUGGAUUGAAUGGAUCUAGUGCUUUGAGUAUGAAUCGGACCAUGGGGAUAACAACGUCGGUGCUUAGUGGGCCUCUUUCACCACGUACAUCGAGGUCAGGAAUGGCGUUCAACAAUGGACUCGUCCGUAGCGGUUCUCGACCGGGUUUGACCGAAUCUAAUAGUGCAAAGGGAUGGCCAUUUACAGAACCAAUGUAUAAGGCACCGACUUUCCCUAAUUUCUCUUCUUCCAUCUCUGAGAUCGAAAUCGACCCAGAGUAUUUGAGAUCACUGGGUAGUGGCCUCGACAAUGUCUUUGCUGCCUUCCCUCCCCAUGUGCAGCUUCCCAAGCCUCUCAUUUGCAUGCGUCCCGGUCUCGUUCCUGAGCUGUAUAUCCACCUCCUGGCUUGUUACUUUACGUUUGUGAAUGUCUGUUUCCCCAUGUUCGACGAAGUCCUCUUCUUUGAAGACUUGAUCCCUGUCAACCGACAUCCGCCUGCUCUCCUUAACGCCUUGUGUGCAUAUGGAUGUUUGCAUUCCCGGCAUACUGCCCUUUUUGAAACGCCAUAUCACAAUCCGCGAAAGGCAGCACAGUAUUUCUUCGAUGAAGCGGUUAAAGAGAUUGACAGCAUACCGGACUCGAUGCAGCAUGUUCAGUUGCUUGUUUUGCUGGGGGUUUGGGACUUUGGGCAGGAGUAUAGGGGAACCAGUUGGCAGUAUAUAUCUUUGGCGAUCCGUGAAGCAGAGAAGAUCCAGUUGGGCUACAAAACUGGCCAGCAGGCGGACUACCUGUACACGCUGUGGAAAGUACCUGGGACGGACGAAUUGUCGCCCUUGGAGGUGACGGAGCGCAGACGAACGUGGGCGUAUACGUUUGCUGUCGACACAUUCUCUGCCCUCGUUUCUGGGUUACAUCCUGGUAUUGAAGAGGGCGACUACGCCCAUGUGUUGAUUGAGGCUGCUAACCAUGCGGAUGAUCACGAAGAUCUGAUCGGGAGGCUCAAAUGCAACCGGCUUGGUCCUACAGUAAUUGAUUCUUCUGGUAGGCGUCUUGGGCGAGGAGGGCGACCUCUCACAGGAGAGUGGAAGCGGGUUCUUGCGGGUCACCCGAUGCAAACGAUUCACGACUUUCGUCCAGAGGCAUGGUCUGUUGAUGCAGAGAGCUUGGAUCAUAUCUGCUCACACAACAAGCCAUGGGUACUUCAAAUCGCGUACGUCAUCCGCCGGGUAUUGCGAUGUUUGACAUCAACGCCGCUGCCAUCGACCGGAGGAGGGUGUACGACUCGCCCGCAUGCUUCAAUAAUUCUAUCUGUUCUUCCACCUCCCACGGACCCAGUACAUCUGCAUUACACCAUGAUUAGCUGGUGGGCGUCGACACCAGAGGAUGAAAGAGCGUAUCGGCAUUUGGGCGACUUUCUGAAUAGCGGGAUGCAGCCGGCUUUACCCUCUGUCGCCCAGCUUUGGUCCUUGUCACACACAGUGUUUAACCUCUUGUUUCCGUGUGCUAUCUCGAUGCUGCACCAUCGGAACGUUCGAGCGGGUAAUGCACCGCGUGAUGCGGUGUUUGCGCCGAGCAUCCUACCGGAUGCACCGAGAUGCACUAGUGCGAAUAUUUGCGUGUUGGCCCUCCGGGCGCAGGCAUUCGUGGUCCGGAGUGUCUAUGCAGCCCAGGGUUUCACGUCCCUGCCGUUUGCGCCCACUACCGCAGGGGCGCCCUUGGAAGCAUCUGCAUCGGAGGUGCCAUCCAAGACACCGUUUUCGCCAUCUCAUCCUGCCGCCCCAACAUGUUUCCUCCAAUCACCCAUGACAGUAUUCGCUCUCUUUGCAACCUGUUUAACUUUUGUGAGCAAGGUGAUUCCCGUUCUUCAGAGCACCAACGACCUCGCAACUAUUGAAGAAGGGUUGGGGGAAAUUGAGCGGCUGUUUCUCCCUACUAUGGACAAUUGUUCCAGAGUCUGGAAAAUCACAGGAAUGUACGCUGCGAAAUUGCGAGAAGCCGUCGCAGCGAUUCGGUCAGGAAAUCAGGCACUCGUAGAUAAGAUACAGUUUGACCCGUCGGAUCUCAACAUGCCGACCUCCGCGACUGCCACAACGUCUUUCUCCAAUCUCCCGUCUUCCUUUCCGCAUGAUCUUAUGAGUGGGAUCUUUGCGCCAAACAGUAUGCCGCAGAGUAGCCGAUCGUCUUUUCAACCGCAUGUGACGAAUAGUGGGACGUAUCAUCCGGUAGCAACGAUGGGCCCGUCGAAUGCCAGUGGUUUAACAGACAAUGUGGGGAUGGGAGGAUAUCCUCCACCAGCGCGACCAGCACAGAUGCCAGCACAGACAGGAUUUCUGAUGCGAUGAGCGUCCUGAAUCAACCGAUAUGUUUAUCUUGUAUAUAUGGAGUAAUGUAAUACCUUUGUUAAUAAAAUCAAUGUGCAUGUAAAACAAACGC